GAAUUUCCCAAAAAAAAAUAUCCAUACCCUACGGCUCCCGACUUCUUCAAUUCUCCUUUGGUUCACAUCCAGAAGAGCAGGCAUUUCAUUUUCUAGGCUUCCGCGCUUCAAAUUCCUCCAUUCAUCUGAUAUUCUCGAACAAAUAUCAAUUUCCGAUUUAAUUAUCAGGAAUGGCUACUGUCAAGAUCAUAUCUGCUCUUGUGGGAUCAUUUGCAAUUGCAUAUACUUGUGACCACAUUAUUUCUGAUAAGAAGCUUUUUGGGGGUACUACCCCAAAAACUAUUACACAAAAGGAAUGGUGGGAGGAGACUGACAAGAAGCUCCAAGCAUGGCCUCGUACUGCUGGCCCACCAGUUGUUAUGAACCCGAUUAGCCGCCAAAACUUCAUUGUUAAGUCGACCGAAGCAUAACAAUGUUCUUGCAGGCAUUGGUUUUGUUCGCCUAUAUAAGAACAAGAACUUUCUUUCCUCAUUCCAAACCAUGAAGGUUUUUUUAGGGAUCCACCAGAUUGAAUCGGGUCGUUUCACAUUUCACUUUUGUCUGAUAAUGAUGAUGAUGACAUUUUGGAGUAGAUGGUAAUAAAUACUUGCUGGCUUGUGUCCAAAUGCCUGUGUAAUGGGCUUUAAGAAUUAAGACAAUGCAUCUUGAAUGUCUUUGAUUCCUUGUUAUAUUCUACUACUACUUUGCACUUAAGCAUGCAUUAUGCUUCAAAAUACAGAGAAUUGAAGCACUCUUCCUCUAAGGUUGAUCGGGUAAACAACUAUAGGA